AUGGCUGCUGCAAAUUCAAUUCCACUAGAACUCCGGCCUCUGGGUAACACGGGUCUGAAGCUCAGCUCUGUGGGAUUCGGCGCCUCCCCUCUAGGCAAUGUCUUCGGGCCCGUCUCCGAAUCUGACGCAAUUGCCACCGUCCGCCAAGCAUUCCGCCUCGGAAUCAACUUCUUCGACACCUCCCCGUACUAUGGAGGAACAUUAUCGGAAAAAGUACUAGGGAUUGCAUUGAAAGCUUUGGAAGUGCCUAGGAAUGAGUACAUCGUGGCUACAAAGUGUGGAAGGUACAUGGAUGGUUUUGAUUUCAGUGCUGAGAGAGUGACAAGGAGCAUUGAUGAGAGCUUGGAAAGGUUGCAGCUUGAUUACGUCGAUAUCUUGCAAUGUCAUGAUAUAGAAUUCGGUUCACUUGAUCAGAUUGUGAAUGAGACAAUUCCUGCACUUCUCAAACUAAAGGAAGCAGGGAAGAUCAGGUUCAUUGGUAUAACUGGGCUUCCAUUGGAAAUUUUCACUUAUGUGUUGGAUAGGGUGCCACCACGAACGGUUGAUGUAGUCCUGUCAUAUUGUCACUAUGGUAUCAACGAUUCAACAUUGGAGGAUCUAUUGCCUUACUUGAAGAGCAAGGGUGUUGGUGUAAUCAGUGCUUCCCCACUAUCAAUGGGCCUUCUUACAGAAAAUGGCCCUCCGGAGUGGCACCCUGCUUCCCCAGAGCUCAAGGCUGCAUGCAAAGCUGCUGCUGCUUAUUGCAAAGAGAAGGGAAGAAACAUAUCGAAGUUAGCCAUGCAAUAUAGCUUAUCGAAUAAAGACAUCUCUACAAUUUUGGUCGGGAUGAACUCUAUCCAACAGGUCGAUGAAAACGUAGCUGCUGCAGUAGAACUUGCUACUAUUGGAAAGGACGAGAAAACUCUAUCAGAGAUUGAUGAUAUUUUAAAACCAGUGAAGACUCAGACAUGGCCUAGUGGCAUUCAGCAAAGUUGA